UGUUCCGAGCUAUGGGGUGUUGGCAGCGUUUGUUGAUUUUUGGCGGGGUAUUGCUUCGGGGUGGUGGCGGGGCCAGUGUACCGCUUGCGGGAAGCCGAGUGUUGGUUUGUCGGCGCCAGUUAUCUGGUGCUGACAGUGAGACCCUAAAACAAAGAAGAGCACAAAUCAUGUCCCGAGGACUUCCAAAGCAGAAACCGAUAGAAGGUGUAAAGCAAGUUAUAGUUGUGGCUUCUGGAAAAGGUGGAGUUGGAAAGUCUACUACAGCAGUGAACCUUGCACUUGCACUAGCAGCGAAUGAUUCGUCAAAGGCCGUUGGCUUGCUAGAUGUGGAUGUGUAUGGCCCUUCAAUUCCGAAGAUGAUGAAUCUGAAAGGAAAUCCAGAAUUAUCGCAGAGCAACCUAAUGAGGCCUCUUUUGAAUUAUGGUAUUGCUUGUAUGUCUAUGGGCUUCCUGGUUGAAGAGACUGCACCAGUUGUUUGGAGAGGCCUUAUGGUAAUGUCAGCUAUUGAAAAACUGUUGAGACAGGUAGAUUGGGGCCAACUCGACUAUUUAGUUGUUGACAUGCCACCAGGAACUGGAGAUGUGCAGAUAUCAGUCUCACAGCAUAUUCCCAUUUCAGGUGCUGUGAUUGUCUCCACACCCCAGGACAUUGCACUGAUGGAUGCUCGCAAGGGUGCUGAGAUGUUUCGAAAAGUCCAUGUGCCUGUCCUGGGCCUUGUCCAAAAUAUGAGUGUUUUCCAGUGUCCAAAAUGUAAACAUAGAACUCAUAUUUUUGGUGCUGAUGGUGCAAGAAGACUAGCACGGACCCUUGAUCUUGAUGUUCUAGGCCAAAGCUUACCUGAGGAUUGCUGCAGAAGUGGUAAAAAGAUUGCCACCACCUCUAGAGUGAGUUCCCCAAGUGUUCUGGAAAUUUGCCUGAUGCUUAGCAAUAAGACGACUUUUGGAAGUAGCAGUGUGGUGAUGAAACCUACAGGAAUAAUAGCAAUCAUAGUUGUUUUCUUGUGUUUCUAAAGAAAUAAUAUGUCUUAUUUUCAGAUUUGAUUUGCUAAGCAAUGACUCACAAAUAAAAUUUUUAUAUAUCAAUGCUAACUGCUACAUUUCAGAAUUUUUCUGAAAGCUGAUGUGUACCAGCUGCGCAGAAAUGCGUUUUAUUUUAAUGAACGACCCUUUGGGGAAUCAUGAGUUUGUGUUAGAAGCCCAACCUUCCAUUGAGGAAAGAACUGUGCUCUUUUUGUGGGACUACAGCGUUAGUCAUUUAAAGGAUUUACUAAAUUUGUGUGCUGAUAUAAGUAUGACAACUCUCCAUCAGUCAGUUUGGUCUAGAUUUAAAUCUUGCCUUGGACUAUAUUAGACACAUUCUUAAUAUAAAUAAACCUCUGCUUCAUCUGGACCAGGCUUUACCCUAGACUUACUGAAUAUAAUCUGCAGGGGUGGGGCCUGGACAUGUGUAUUUUUAACAAGAUUAUAAUGAUUUUGAUGAUUCUGAUUAUGAUGGAAAUAGAAUAAUAGGUAACAAUUUAUGAAGUGUUUUCUUGUGUUAUUAUAGUUAGUCUUCCAUUCAUAUGAGUGGGGUACUGUUGUUGUCUCCACUUUAUAGAAAUGAGAAAACUGAGGUAUGGGAGUGUUAAGUGUCUUGCUGAAGGUUACUAUUCCAGCAAGCGCUGGAACUGGAGUUUGAACUUGGACAGUGGGAUACUGGAUCCUUCCUUUUUUACACCAAAGAGCAUUCAUUUAUUUCAAAAGAGAAAUAUGGUAUUCAGCAUUUCCCUCAAACUUACUGCACCGUGAAACCCUCCCCAUUUCAUGGAGUUCGUGUUUCAAAUGGUACACUUUGAAAAACAUUUAUCUGGUCUAGUUAAGGCUCAGAGAAAUUCAGGGGGCUUUCCAAGGUCAGGUAGCAAGAUAGUUAUAAAGCUCCAAGUACUGAUAAGAACCAUUAGUUGAUAAAGAAGCAGUCUAUGACCUUUAGCAAAUACCUUCACAUCUUUUGCUUUGUCUCUGGCUUAAAUAGCCAGAAAAUUAGGCAAAGAGUUACAUGUCAUUAUAAACAUGUUUCACACACUUGUGUUCACAUAAAAAAACUACAUGAGUGUUCAUGGAGGUUUUAUUUAUAAUAGCCAAAAACAAUGCAAGAGUUUUUCAGUAGGCAAAUAGUCAAACGAACUGUGAUAUAUGCAUACCAUGGAAUACUACUCAGCAGUGCAAAAGAACAAACUAUGGAUACGUGUAACAACGUGGAUGAAUUCCAGAGAAUUAUGCCGAAUGAAAAAGCCAAUCCUAAAAUUUUUUAUACCAUAUGGUUCUAUUUAUGGAACAUUCUUGAAAUGACAAAAAUUAUAGAAAUGGAGAACAGAUUAGUGGUUUUCAGAAUUUAAGGGGGGAGGGUUGCAGGGAAGAGAAUUAUGUGUGGCUAUAAAAGGGUAACAUAAGGAAUCCUUGUGAUGAUGGAAAUGUGUUCUGUAUUUUGACUGUGUCAAUGUCAAUAUCUUGGGAGCUAUUGUACUAUAGUUUUGCAAGGUGUUAUUAUUGGAGGCAAUUGGGUAAAAGGGCACAAUGGAAUCUGCAUUAUUUCUUACAACUGCAUGUGAAUCUACAAUUACCUCAAAAUAAAAAUAAAAGUUUAAUUAAAUAAAACAAACAUGUGCUACUGUG